UAUUAGUCUAAAAUCUGUAAGAAACGAGACCUCGACACGUGACAACUCACAGUAUAAGCUGAAAGCUAUUUUUUCUCUGGCAAAACACGUUUGUAGAUGAGAUGAGAUAUUUAAUUAAUGUUUAUAAAUUGUUAAUGUAGAAACAGAAGCCGAAUAAAACAUUUGCGAAAGGAUUUGUGACUUCACACAUGAUUGCUCAAAAUAUUUUGGAGCCUCCCAUACCAUUAUCAUGUUUUGAUGCCAUGUAAAGUUAGGAUGCAGAUGGCUUGAUUGGCGAGCAGCAGUUUUGAUGAGGUAUUAUAUGCGUGAAUGGCUGCAGUUUCAAUUAAUAUUUUAUGUUCAUGGGCCGUUAUUUCGUAUACCAAAUGUAUAAAAGCAAGGAUGCAAGAAUCAAAUCGCUACAGCGGCAUCAGACAUAAUUGAUUGCGUAGAUCGUCUUGGCUUCAUAACAUAGUCUACUGAAAAAGCAGAGCGCAAAAUAGAGGAUCGGAUAUAUUCUUAAAGACCCGGAUAUUUGUGUCAGUGUGCUUCACCAGCAAAACCAUCAUGAAUUCGAAGACUGUUUUAGGAUUAAAGAUUUUAACGAUGAUUUUGGUCUCGAUAGCUUUCAUCUUCUAUAUCAUAGCUAUUUCCACUGACCAUUGGCAAACGACAAAGUACAAAGUUGGUGUACAUAACAUUGGCAUAUUCAGUGGUCACAGCCAUGAGACUCAAAGUACUUAUCAGAGCUUGUAUCAGUACACAUCAUCACACAGCGGUAUAUGGAAUGGUUGUGCGACUCUUGAAGGCAAGAAGAUCUGCUCGACCUUAAAGGCCCAGUUUGCUUGGAUACGGUCUGUUCGUGCGUUCAUGGCCUUGACGAUCAUUUCAAUGGCUGUCGUGUUUGUCUACGUCAUCGCGGCCUUCUUCAGACCGGACUUAGUCUUCAAAUUUCCCGGUGUCAUGUCAGUUAUAACAGCUCUGUUUGCCUUGUUGGCAUUAGCAGUCUACACAGGAAAGUCAGGUGUACCAGCGGACAACAACAGGUUGAAAUCUGCAUUCUCUUGGUCAUUUAUUUUGGGAUGGUCUGGCUGGGUGCUGAAUAUAGUCGUUGCAGUGCUAUGCUUUAUCAUCCCUGAUGACUUUGAUAAGAUUCAAAACAACAAACUCUAAAAUUCGUCAAAGUACUCUUAUUUUAUAGAUUUUUCUAAAAAAAAUUUGAUUUGAUUUAAUUUGAAACAUUUUAUUUAUUGGUUUUAUCAGAUCAAACUUUGCAAAACAGUUUCGCUAGCUUUUUUAUUGUUUUAAAAAGAUCGUAAAUAUCCUGCAGUUUACAUGCUAGCGUCUCAUGGAACCUUUUCUACUUUACAACAUAUGUAAAAGAUUAAAAUAUGUAAUAGAAUUACAUGGAUGCAUGCACAAUAAUACGUACAUUUCUAUGAAUUCAA